CUCACCUUCCUCAAGAUGUCCCCCUCCGCGAUCAAGACCACGUCCUCGUCGGCCUUCAAGAUGAACGGCGUGUCGCCGAAGACGCCGCCCGCCAUGAACGGCUGGAGGAACGUGCCCUCCAUCAUGUCCUCCGACGCGCCCUCCUUCGUGCCGCCCAAGGUGCUUGCCCCCGCGGUGCGCUCUCCGCGCACCUCGAAGACGGCGUUCUUCACUGCGGCCUCGGCGCGCCCCUUCGGCGUGGUGCCGCAGAUGCCCCUGCCGGCCUUCGGGCUGCCCCUGUCUCUCAAGGCGGCAACCCCUCCCGCGGCCACCCCAGCCUCCGGACUGACCGCCAAGACGGCGACCCGCUCCGCGGCGACCUCGCCGUCAAGACGCACCCCGAAGCCGUCGCCGACGCCGUCCUCGAGAGCGUCCCCGAAGACGUCCCCGCAGCACCGCGGCCGCCGGCAGGGCCGCCACCAGGACGUGGUGUGGGCCGAGGCCGUGCUGCAGGAGCUGCGGUCCCUCAAGGCCCGUGCCGUGUCCAAGGCGCGCAGCGUCAACAAGGGCUGCCCCGCCAAGGGCUGCAUCGCCCCCUACGUGAGGGUGCCGCGCGUCUACUCCAAGUGGCGCGCCCGCCGCGUCGCCCCCGCCGCCUGCACCAGGGUCCAGGAGCUCGACGAUGGCUUCUUCGAGAAGUUCGGCACGCUGCUGGGGGAGACGCAGCGCGCCGACGACGUGGCCACUUGCAGUGUGGCGCGCAGCCACCAGCUCGGCGCCGCCCCCAUGGCCGCCUGCUCCGUGGCCGAGGCCGUGUCCGGGGAGGACGCGGCCGCGGACCCCGGCAAGGACCCCACGCUGGCCGACGCCCUGGGGGAGGCCGUCGGCGGCCUCCAGGUCGACGGCACGGCGCGCAUGGACCAGUCCGACUCGGAGACCGAGGAGGCCGUCAAGCAGGAGAACAUCUCUGACUUCGUGGGCAUGAAUGUCGAGGAGCUGUACAGCGAGGUGCUCUACUUGUUGAUCCACAACGUGGGCAGCGACGUGACCACGGCCAGCGACCGCUCCGACCUCUGCCGCCUGCUGCAGGAGGCCUUCAAGAUCGACGACGAGAAGCACGCUCAGCUCAUGGGCAACGUGGAGGCCAAGGAGGCUCCGAAAAUCGUCCUCAACGUGGAGGUGAUGGAAGCCCAGGACCUGAAACCCAAGGAUUCUAACGGCAUGUGCGACCCCUUCUGCACGCUGUACUUGUCUUCGGCGCCCACGCACCGCUACAACACGUCCGUCAAGACGGAGACGCUGACGCCGUGCUGGAUGGAGUACUUCUCGCUGCCGGUGCACAACGCCACGGACGACGUGCUGUUCGUGGAGGUGUGGGACUUCGACCCCGCCGAGACGGUGCGCGAGAAGAUGAGCAAGCUGACGGACGUGAAGGGCGUGCGCGGACUGCGCAAGCUGGUCAAGGAGAUCGCCGUCACGGCCUCGACGGGCAAGCACGACAACGAGUACAUCGGCACGGCCCAGAUCAACCUCAACUGCAUCGCGACCGGCGGCCAAACACAGUGGGUCAACCUGGAGAAGAAGAACAAGACGAAGAAGCAGGGCGUCAUCAAGCUGCACAUGGCAUUUGGCGCGGAGAAGGACACGCAAGUGGCGCGCCAGGAACACAGGCACCUGCUGCGGCUUCUACUGAUGCACCACCUGGAAAAGGCCAAGCUUGAGCCCUAUGCUUGGUGUGGUGAGUUCGAUGAGCUUGCCACCACCAUCAUCCGACAGCACGCCGUUCAGAGCGGCCUGUCAUCCACUGACGAGACUCUGGCUCGCUGGAUGGAAUUCUGUUCGGUGCACGUCGACCAUCCCUUGAGCUUUGCCCUAUUUUCUCAACUUGCUAACAAGCUGAAGAAACCUCUCGAAGAGGGAAAUUUGUCCCCAGAGGAGGUGAAGCAUUUUUGGGAUGCAACCAAGAAGUUUUUACCAUCUUGCCUUAACUCCAUCAGAAGGUUACGCAAGCUGUCAAACUGUGACAGAAACACUUUAACUCAACUAUCUGGCAUUGUCACCACUCUAUCUUGUCUUAAGCCCCUUCCUGUACCUGAAGGCUUAGAUCUAUUCCCCUCUUCAGUAUAUGGUUGGCUCAACCAGUCAGAUCAGUCAAGCUGUGAUAUUAGUCAUGUACUGACUGAAGCUGUGAAGCAUGGCGCUGAGGAUUGGUUGUGCUAUGUACUAGAAAACAAUACUGCUGAUGGACCAACUCAAGAAGAUUCAUUGAGGCAUGUAAUCAAGCUUGUCCAGUUAGUCCGUUCUGACUUGACAAAAGCCAUCGAAUAUCAUGACAAAAUUUUCCUUAAGGGGAUUGGUCUUGCUUAUUCAAGUAUAUUGUACAAAGUGUAUGAGGAGAAAGUGUGUGAAGAAGCAGAGCCAGUGGUGAAGGAUGUUUGUGGGCAGCUGCGACCUAUUCGCAUCAACGACUCUGAUCCCAGAAUUAACUUAGAAAGGGAGGAACCGCUGUCCAUGGGCACUACAUUGUUUGAGCUCUACCUGGCACUCCAGAGAUUAUCCCUCAUAGGUAGUACUUUAUGCCCCAAUGAUGUGGACUCUUUCCAAAUUGCCAAAUUUCACAAUUGGUUUUACCACGGUGUGGCUCAGUGGCUUGACAUAGCUUGUUACAAAGCUGUUCAAAGAGUGAAAAAGGCUGUAGAGCUGGAUACAUUAGUUCCUGUGGAUUCCAGUGUGAAGUACAGUUCCUCAGCUGUGGACACCUUUGCCAUUUUUUAUCAGAUAAAAAUAUUUUGGCAACAACUUGCUUGGCCGGAUGUUGAGGGAUCAUACACAUUUGUGCUCAAAAUUAUUGAUGAUAUUUGCAAAUGUUCUGAGGUUUAUGCUGACAAUAUGAGCCAGAAGGUUGAUGGCAUGGGUGAAACAAACCAGGGAACAGUUCAUGAAAAAAAAUUUCAAGUCACUCAAGAGUGGUGCCUCGCCAUCAAUAACAUUGACUAUGUGCGCCAAAGUAUUCAGCCAUUUGUUGCUGAACUAGGCAUGGACAACAUAGUCAAAGCCCUUGCCGAUUUUCGAUCAGUAGCUGCUGCAGAGCAAUGCAAAGGCACACUUAGUGGUAUCAUUGAAAACUCCAUUGAUGUCGUUCGGAAUAAAAUCAUUGAUUUAUUACUCAUUGUUGCCAACAAGAUGGAUCCAGCAAUCAAGCGAUUCCUUCAAGAAGGUGCAGAUCUUCUUAACCAGGACAGCAAUGCUGUGGAUCGUUUAAUGCAAUACUUAGAUGAAAACUUAGUUAUGCUCCACUCAGAAUUAAAUACAGAGAAUUUUGAGAGAAUCCUAUCAAUUAUGUGGGACAAUGUGUCAAAUAUUCUCUCAGAGCUAGUUGAAAGUAGUCUUGAGAAACGCAAGCCCCCUUCCUUUUUCUCAAAUCUCCAUGAAACAUUGAACAUUUUGAUUGGAUUCUUCAGGCAGGGAGAUCUGCAACAGCAACUGCAAGAACAACAACAAAUUGAGCAGUUGAAUGGCAUGAAACAAGUGCAGAAUGAUGAUGUCAUUGAUUCCUCUGUCGAUAAGCACAGUAAACUGAGACGAGUGGAGCGAAUUUUACGUCUCCAUGGUAUGGAAACACCGGAACUCUCUUACCAGUUUUAUGUACAAAGGCUUAUGGAGCAGAAAAAAUUGCAGUCCAUGGGAGACGCGCCUUAUCAAGGCCUUUUGACAAUCCGUGCCCAGUUUGUUGAUAAUGCUUUGAGCAUUGAAAUCAUGAAUGCGAGAAAUAUUAAACCUAUGGAUUCGAAUGGUUCUUGUGACCCUUAUGUCAAAAUUCAUCUCGUGCCGGAAGAUAAAUUUGUAAAUGUGCAAAAACCACGUACAAAGACACACAAGAAAAAUCUCUUCCCCUUGUUUGAUGAAACUUUCCACAUUCCUUUAACUCCAGAACAAAGAGCUCGAGGCAUCAUAGCAUUUAUUUUGAAAGAUCAAGAUUUCCUUGGCAAUGAAUUUAUAGCUGAAGCUUUCCAUUCAUUUGAAGACAUACCAGAAAAUGACGCUUCUACUAGUCUCCAGACAUUACCACAGGUCCACUUGAAACUCCACAGACCCCAAAAUGUCUUAGAAUCAGAUGUGAUGAAAGCUUUGGAGCACCGUCAAGGAGACAAACUGGCAAGAGACUUUGUGAAACGGCAAAAGGCAAAGUUUGGGGAAGGCAAGCAACAAAAUGGAAGCAAGUGAGACCAUUGAAGAGACUUCCUAAAUGCUUCUAAUGUCAAAAUCAAAGAAGCAUAAAUAUCGUGAUAUUUAAUAGAAACAUAUUGUGAAGACUUGUCAGCCCAUAGCUGACAGGCAACCCUGUGCCUUAAUCUUCAAGAGUGUGUAAAUAAGACUUGAAAGAAAUUGAUGUUUAAAAGUUAA